CCGCGAGGGAAAAGGCUCUCUCAACCUCUUUGCUGGAUGACCCACGCUCAAAGAAGAGCAAAGGCCUUGCCAUGAUGGCGAAAAUGGGCUUCAAAGGCGGUAGUCUGGGGAAAAAGACUGAAGACGGCGAAAGUUCCGGCAAAUCAGAGCCUAUCCAAAUCAGCAUGAAAGAAGACCGUGGCGGCAUUGGCUUGGACAACGAGAAGAAGAGAAAACUGCGGGAGGCUUUUGAGGAGAGAGACGCCAAGUCCGUCAAAGUCGAUCCUGACGAGUAUCGCGAGAGGGUGAGAGCGGAGAGAGAGGACGCCAGACUGGAAGUGCAACUCCAUGCCGCACAACGCACGGCAGAGAGGCUGGACGAUGAAAAGGCUGGAAAAGACGCAGCCGAGCCCACUUCAUCUUCCGAAGAAGCAGAAGCGUCUGACUCAAAACCGCGUCCGACAUCAUCUCGCCCGCUCAAGUCUUUCCCCGUUGUCUAUCGUGGCCUGGUUCGCCACCGUGAAGAAAAGGAGCGUGAUCGACGGAUGAGAUAUGACUUGGAGCAGUCCCUCUCUCGGUUGCCGACAUACGAAAGCGGCGAUGAGGACGACGACGACAAAAAAGCCCUGGGCAAGAAACAAACGGUAUACGCGACUGCGGAUGACCUGGACGAGGUGGAUGAAGAAUUGGACGAAUUUAACGCGCUUGACCCUGGCACUAGACUGGGCCGUCUGGUCAUGUACUUGCGAGAGACGCAUUGGUAUUGCUUUUGGUGCAAAAUGGCGUAUCCGGAUGCCGAGAUGGACGGGUGUCCGGGUUUAACGGAGGAAGAUCACGAUUGACAGAGUUGUCUGUCAAAUACAUAGCAUCUUGGUUUAGCCUCUUUUCUCAUUUUAUACCCAUAGAGAUGGAUCUGUAUAUCAAAAUCUGUCUAUUUUCUGCA